AUGACUCGACCGCAUCUUGAAAAAUGGUCCCCUCAAGUCGUCGGCAGAUGUCUAGGCUAUGCCCUCCUCGAGGCACCCACCCGUACAGGAAAAGACAACAUGGCGCGAGAUAUCAAUCUUUGUAGUGAAGAUUUACCCGAUCUUGCAUCGCUGACCCAACUUUACGUUGGAGGAAUGAUUCGAUUGUUUCGCAGUCCAAAAGGUCCUACACCGACACCACCAACGAUACCGAUAUCGUACUACCCCCAAAGAAAAUCUCUUACGACUUUGGCUCAGGACAUUGCAGCCGCAUUAGCUGAGCCUCACAAGUUUGCAAACGCUAAGCUUCUCGCUCUUCAACGGGAUGGCUUCUGCUGUGUCGUUACGGGAUCUUUUGACUUGGAUUCUGUUGAAAAGGAAUUUAUCCAGCCCACGCCUGGGACAGCGUGGGUCUUCACACAGGCUGCACAUAUCUUCGGGGAAUCAAACAAUGGAAACAUACUUGGGGAAGGUCAUACAUUAAAGCCCGAGUGGGCAUUAACUGUGGCAGCCCUCGUUGAACGAUACGCGGAGAUUUCUAUUUGUAAAGAGCUCAAUGGAUCAAAUAUCUACCGUGCUGAGAACGUGUUGACGCUCGAUAUAGGAACUCACUAUUUCCUCGAUAAUCUCUAUAUUUCGCUUGAGCCUGUCCAGGAUACUCCGCACACAUAUAAUCUCCACACGUACUCGGAAAAAAACAAACACCGUCAAUAUCGUGUUCCUCAACGGGUCACGUUUACUGACCACAGCAAUGGCAAGACUGCGAUGCCGGAUCGCCGCUACCUACAGCUCCAUCAUAUAUGUGCCAAGGUUCUUCAUCUUUCGGGUGCUUUAAAGGUUGUGAAGAAGUUCGAGUGGGAGAUGGAACGGCUGGAGGGUCUUGCGGCGGAUGGAUCAUCGGCGAAAUAUCUGAGUGAGGCACUACUGUCGAGCUCUCUGAGUCUUCGGCCCCCUCCGGAGUACUAG